AUGAAGGAAAAUGAAGACAAGGAAGCGAUGAUACAGGCGUUGCUGCCGAAGACAAGUGGUAGAAAGACAGAAGAUGAUGAAUUUCUUUCCUGCAGUUAUAAAAAUUUAAUAUUCGGAACAUUGCUUCUUCUCGGAGGACUUUUAUACCUCCAAGUCGCGAAUACAUCGAGCUGCCAGUACACCCUCUCCAUUGUUGCUCCUGCUUAUGGCUACCAAAGCGAUACUGUCCCCCAAAUACCCGCUGAACCAAGUUGGAUAAAAGAAGAAACCGAAGAAACUGAAGAAAAAAUCUGCACGCCCAAAGAUUUAGUGGGCGCUUUAGCGAUCAACUUUGACAUGUCAAAAGUCGAGGAGCGUUACAAAGAAAUGGCGGUCGAGAAUCAAGAAUAUUUCGAAAAUGGGGAACACUUGCCGAAAGAUUGCGAAGUUGCACCGAAGAAAAACAUCGCUAUCAUCAUUCCUUUCAGAGAUAUGACGGCCGAUUUGUUCAGAACCAAGCAAUUUCAUUAUUUUCUCUACUACAUCGUCCCGAUUCUCCAUCGCCAAAACAAUCAUUUCGCCGUUUACUUGGUCAACCAAGCCAAUGAUGGAUCCCCCUUCAACCGCGCUAAACUUCUCAACAUCGGAUUUGACGUUGCAAAAGACGAUGGCUUUGAUUGCUUUUUCUUCCAUGAUGUCGAUCUUGUCCCCGAAAACGACAAGAAUAUUUACGAGUGCCUCGACACACCAAGACAUUACUCCGGAUACAUUGAUAAGUUCAAUUACAAACUGCCGUACAACACGAUUUUCGGAGGAAUUACUGCUUUUACUGCUGAAGCAUUUGAGAAAAUCAAUGGAUACAGCAAUGAAUACUGGGGCUGGGGAGGAGAAGACGACGAUUUGGAAAGAAGAACAAUCGGUGGUGCCAAAUACAAGCUCGUUCGACCAUCACCACAAAUCACGCGCUACAAAAUGAUCAAACACGACCACGAGACGUCGAACAAACCCAACCCCAAUCGAGUCAAGCUCCUCAAAGCUUGGAACAAACACAACCAGUUCGACGGGUUAAAUAGCUUGAACUACGAGCUGAUCGAGCGAAACAACGAAGUUUUCUACAAAAACAUCACAGUUGACCUAAAAUACGAAGAAAGAAUACCCUUGCAAGAACUCCUAGGAAACGGAUAG